AUGUGGCAGCUGCUGUUACCAAUUCUACUUCUGGCCAACGGCACCAAUUGGUUGAACCCGAUUCUGGCUAAAGGCUACAAGGAUAAACCCUUCGAUUCAGUUGUUUUACUGAAACAUAGCCAAAGGGAUUAUGGAAAACUGCUUUUAAAUUCUUCAUGGCCUGUUUUAAACUUCAACGAAAAGAUGAAAUUUCUUUUUAAAGAAUCCUUUAACUCGGAUGUGCUGGUAUUGGUUUUACAAACUGGAGAUUCCCAUUUGGAUGAUCAGCUAUGGACGGCUCUGAACCGAAAUCUUCUGAAUAUGCGAACUGCCAGGCUUUUGCUGGUAAGGAAAUGGGAGGAGAAGCCAUCCGAUGAGCUGGCCAGAAUCCCAGAGCACCUAAGAUUCAUGUAUGUGGCAGUAAUCGUCAGUGGAAAUAGGGUAUAUCGCCUACAGCCCUAUGCUCCGGAGAGAUGGAAGCUGGUAGAUCUCAAUGAGGGGUGUAUGCUACCCAGGAUACGCAACUUUUAUGGAAGAUAUAUACUGACCCUGCCCGAUCAGAUGGAGCCACGAUCGAUUGCUUAUCGAAACAACGAAACCGGAGAAAUUCAAAUGACUGGAUAUGUGUACAAGUUCCUUCGGGAGUUCAUUCGAGUCUACAACUUUACAUUCAAAUGGGAGAGGCCCAUUAUACCUGGGGAUCACAUGACACUGUUCGUCCUGAGGAACAUGACUCUCAACGGAACCAUCAACAUGCCUAUUAGCUUGUGUGGCUUUGAACAAAGUACAAAGUUUGGAGUUUUCUCCAUGGUCCUCGAUAUGGAAAAGUGGCUGGUAAUGGUUCCGUGUGCCCAUGAAAUUUCAACAGCCCAGGUUUAUUUGGAAGUGACUGGCGGAAGAUUUCUGGCUGUCCUCGUCAUUUUUUACUAUUUAUUCACCAUCCUGGACACCUGCUUCGGACCCGUGAUACUCCAAACUCCGGUUAAUUGGUCGAAUCUCGUGUUCAAUGAGCGCAUCAUGUCCGGCAUUAUAGGACAGUCCUUCAGAAUGAGUGCCACGAGAGCCACCAGCUCGAGGGUCACCAAUGCGACACUGUUUUUCCUUGGAAUGGUUCUGAGUAGCUUGUAUGCCGCUCACCUGAAAACGUUGCUAACCAAACACCCGACAUCGCGACAGAUCUCCAAUUUCGAGGAACUCAGAGACUCUCCAGUUAGUGUAUUAUUCGACGAAGCUGAACACUUUUAUUUUGACAAAUUUGAGAGUGGACGACCCAUAGAUGCUAUACGUUCCAAAAUGUCCUUUGUCGAAUCCAAGGAAUAUCACCAACUCAAAAGGGGCACAAAUAUGUCACGGGCAUUUUCCACCUUGGUGUCAGAAUGGCAAAUUGUGGCCAAGAAACAGGAGUUGUACAGACAGCCGGCCUAUUGUUCCUUGCCAGGACUAUGGAUCAUAAGCACAAAUGUCCUUUUGACCGUGCCGAUGCAGGCAAACUCAAUUUACGAGGAACCACUCAACGGUCACAUCAGUCGAGUUCAGGACGCAGGGCUCUUGGAGCACUGGAAGAAGCAAACCCUCCUCGAGAUGGUCAACCUUAAAAUUAUUUCCCAAAAGGAUCUUCCCUAUGUAGCUUUUCGGGAGUUUAAAGUUGGAGAUUUGUUUUGGAUUUGGUGUUUACUGGGGAUUUGUUUAUUACUUUCAUGUCUGGUGUUUCUCUGCGAACUAGUUGUUGCUUUUUGGAUGAAAAAGUGCCGAAUAAGGCCUGAAAAUCAGUAG